AUGUCCACGCCCUGGCGUCCAACGCGACAGUACACCGGAAACAAAGGCACCUGCAUGUAUGGCGUCACCUGCGUCAAGUUUCGCAAGAACAAAUGCACGUACUUCCACGCCGAUCAAGACCGUGUGAAGCUCGCCGACAGCAUCCACCGCCAGGCAGCUCUACUUGCCCAGAGCCAGGAGCGCUUGUCGAAGAUGCUGGAGGGUCUGGACGCACACCCAGACAUUCUCGCCGCCGCCAAAACCAAGGAUACGGAGGACGAUGCGGCGGAUACGAGCACCGACCAGACUUGCCCCGUCCGAAUCACGGCCGAACGGGUGCUAGCCAGCUUCAACAAGGUGUCUGACGACACGAUUGCGGUGCCUGGCUGUCCGCCGCGGUUUUCGCCGCCGACGACCCACGCCAUCCGAGUCAGCCACGACGACGACGGCGACGGUGAUUAUGGCAGUGAUCGCGACAAGAGACGCCUCUACCCAACGUAUACCCACGGCCUCGAGCCCCUGGUCCGGGCCGUGCAGUGCAUGAGCCCCGACGUGGAUGUCCUGAACGGUGCCUGUGACAUUGUGGCCAAUGCGGGCUCCAUCUACCGCCUGUUCAACUUUUUGGUCCGCAAGUCGUUCGCGACGUUGCGGUGCGACUUGGAGUGGCGCCCACCAUCGCCGACGGGUAUGGCAAACGGAGACGGCGACGGAGCUGGCGGCACCCUCCUUAUCCAGCAGUGGAAAGACGACCCUGACCACGAUGUGAGCUACGGCUUUGGCACCAACUUUGCUGCCGCGACAUGUCGCUUUGGCCCCGAUCUGCCCGAAGCCCUGCAGACGUCCUUCUCCCACCACCGCGUGCUGUACUACGAGCUGGGCGGCCUGCGCUUUGCCGUCCACUGCGAGGCCGACGGCCACUACGACCCGCAUCGGCAGGGACACGCAGCAACAGUGCAAUUCCCGCUGUCGCCGCCCGUGUCGCCCAAGCUGGCCAUGUCCACGCCCACGACCACGCCAGCCAGUCCACGAUCCAAGGCGAAGGGCUCGCGGUUUUCUGUCCUGAUGGAGGAUGCAGACGACGAGGAGACAAAGCAGGCGUUCUCGUCACCCACCCUAACGGUCGACUAUCCCUGUGGCCCGGCUGUGCCCGUGCCAGCAGACCAUCUAGUGGAGGUCAAGACGUUUAACGCGCAAAAGCGGGAUGCAUGGCUCAGUACUAGCGCCAAGUCGGCCCGAUACGUCCGCUACGGGCCCGACAGCCAGCUCUACUUUGGCCGCACGGCCCAGCUCUACGAAGCCGGCCACAAGCGCGGCGUGUUUGAGCCUAACGUGCACGUCGAAAACGUGGCCGGCCGGUUGCAGCUGUGGGAGGAGGACAACCAACAAGACUUGGCACGUCUUGUCGUCUUUUUGCGGGACCUUCUCCAGCGGGCCGCCGCCCAUGCUGCCGACGGCCGCAUGCACCUGAGCCUUGUGCUGCCCGGGGCACAGGACCCGUCGUGCAAAGACAAGCGAGCCACGCUGCAUGUGCGCAGCGACAGUGCCUCCUUCCUGCCGGAGACGCUGUGA